UAGUUCCCUGGCCAGGAUUUGAACCUAUACCCUUUGCAGUGAAAGCACAGAGACCUAACCAUUGGACCACCAGGGAAGUCCUCUCAUUCUUUUUUUUCAAACAUUUAUUUAUUUGGCUGCGUCAGGUCUUCGUUGUGGCACUCAAGUCAUUCGGGAUCUUUCCUUGAGGCAUGUGGGCUUAGUUGCUCCACACAUGGGAUCUUAGUUCCCCAGCCAGGGAUUGAACUCAUGUUUCCUGCUUGGUAAGGCAUAUUCUUCACCACUGGACCACCAGGGAAAUCCCUCUCUCAUUCUUUUUAACAGCUGUAGUAUCUGAUAAUAUGGCUGUAUCAUGGAACCAUUCCUUUUGUGAUGGGCCUUUACGUUAUCUCAGUUUUUCUUAAUUAUACAAAAUGCCUGACUAAACAUUUUUAUAUGCGUAUCUUUGUCUGUUUGGAUGAUUAUUACUAUGAGGUGAAGCUCCUGGAUCAGAGACCGUAUGCAUUUUGCACUUUGAUGAUUAUUGCUAAAUUUCCCUCCAGAAGGUACUAUCUCAACUUAUGCCCCCUCCAACAGCAAGUGACAUGCUUAUUUCCUGCCAGUCAUAAUAGUGGUAUUCUAAUAGGGUGAUAGUGGUUUGAUUUGGGUAAUAACCUUAUGGGUGUCUCACAGUUUAUGCAUUGCUUUAUCUUAUUUUUCCCUACAAAGUAUUAUUUUGCUUUGUUUUGCUUUUGUACACACACACACAAUAAUUAAAAUGAAUGAUUCUAAAUGCUUUGUCUUUGAGAUCUUUUGCUUUUGAUCAGCAUGGAAUACAUUGGAUCUUAUGAGGAUCUUAUGGACUUGAGCAACUUGUAUAAUUCACAAGACAGUAGUUCAGUAUUAAUUCUUAAACAGUGGAGAGAAGAGCAAAGGAAGAGAUUACUGACCCUGGCAUUUCUUUUAAAAGAGUUAAGUGAUCUACAACGUGACCCACCUGCUCACUGUUCGGCUGGACCUGUGGGAGAUGACUUGUUCCACUGGCAAGCAACUAUUAUGGGGCCUCCUGAUAGCGCAUAUCAAGGUGGAGUCUUCUUUCUCACUGUACAUUUUCCGACAGACUAUCCUUUUAAACCACCAAAGAUUGCUUUCACAACAAAAAUUUACCAUCCAAACAUAAACAGUAAUGGAAGUAUUUGUCUUGAUAUCCUGAGGUCACAGUGGUCACCAGCUCUGACUGUGUCAAAAGUUUUAUUGUCCAUAUGUUCUCUGCUUUGUGACCCUAAUCCAGAUGAUCCCUUAGUACCAGAUAUUGCACAAAUCUAUAAAUCAGACAAAGAAAAAUACAACAGACAUGCAAGAGAAUGGACUCAGAAAUAUGCAAUGUAAAAUCAAAAAAAAUUUCAUAUAUACCAGAGUACUGUAAAAUCUAGGUUUUUUCAACAUUAGCAGUAAAUUGAGCACUGUUUAUUGUUUCAUUGUACCAUGAAAUCCUUUGAUUUUUACCCAUUUUAAAUGUAUUUCUGAAGCAAGACAAAACAAACUUCCAAAAAUAUUCUUGAGACUGUGAUGAGAGCAUUUAUCAUUUUGUAUGCAUUGAGAAAGACAUUUAUUAUGGUUUUUAAGAUACUUGGACAUCUGCAUCUUCAGCUUACAAGAUCUACAAUGCAUCUGAAAAGCAACCAAAUUAUUUUUUGCUGAAACUAGAUGUUUUUACAUGAAAAAUACUGUAUGUGUUAUCUAAGAUGUUGUCAGUUUUAUAAAUCUGUAUUCAGAUUUCAUUCUUUGUUAGCUCACUUUAUAAUUUGUAUUUUUUUACUGUAUAGACUAAAUAUAUUCUAUUUACAUGUAUGUCAACUUGUUACUUUUUUCCUGUGAACAGUAUUGAAAAAACCCAACAGCUGAUAAUGGAAUGAAUUAACUGUCUCCCUUGUCUUGGGGUAUUCUGUAGAUUGACUGCAGAUUUCUUAAACCUGAAAUGAUCUUUACACUGUAAUUCUCAGUAUACUGAUUAUGGAGAAACACUUGUUUUGAUUUUGUUAUACUUGACUUAACUUUAUUACAAUGUGAAUUAAUUGCACUGCUAAGUAGAAAGAUGUAUAACUUUUAUUUGUUGCUAUUCACAUCUGAAUUUUUUUCUGUAUAGGCAAUAUUAUAUUGACACCUUUUACAGAUCUUAAUGUAGCUUUUUCCAUUUAAAUAAAAUGCUUUUUCUACUA